AGCAAACAAAAUCUUACACUCAGUUGUCACAUAUUGUCGGCAAACUAUCUCUUUCUCUCAUUGCGCUUAGCUGUUACUCCACACUACGUCACAGCAUCCAACACGUGUCAAGCUUCCCAUUGGUCCGUAAUUUUACUACAAAUCAUCACUCUUGUAUACAACCCAAAAAAUCAGUUAACCCCUCUCCUCCUGUUUGUGUCGGCAGAAAAUUAUUAGUUACUACUAUAACCACAUUUUCUCGAGAAAAUAUUUUCUCCACACUGCGUAUUACAACGAUGAAGAGAAUGAUGAUCAAAUCAAAUAACAAUAAUCACAAAAAUAAUGCGUCGUACGGUAGAUUAAGCUACAACAAUUCAAACAAUACGACGUCGUCUUCAGCAGCAUCGAGAGACGAAGAAUUUGAAUGGGAAAUGAGACCUGGAGGAAUGUUAGUUCAGAAAAGAAUCGGAACCUCAACCAUUACAUCUACAGUUCCGAAUUUCCGUCUCCGAAUCGCUUUUGGCGCGCUCCGGUACGAGAUCUCGGUCAACUCUCAAGCUACCUUCGGGGAGGUGAAGAAGCUUGUUUCGGCGGAGAGUGGGUUAGAACCAGGUGAACAGAAGUUGAUAUUUAGAGGGAAAGAGAGAGAAAAUGGUGAGUAUUUAGACACGUGCGGAGUCAAAGAUGGAUCGAAAGUCAUCCUAAUUGAAGAUCCAACUAGCAUUGAGAAACGUUUCAUCGAGAGGCGUAAAAACGCCAAGAUCCAAACCGUUCAUCGUGCCAUCUCUGACGUCUCCAUGGAGAUCGAUAAGUACGCGGAGCAGGUCUCUGAGAUGGAAAAAUCAAUCUCGAGUGGCAUCAAGGUCUCCGAACUUCAAAUCACUACACUAAUUGAAAUGCUUAUGAGACAAGCAAUCAAAUUGGAUAAUAUACAAACUGAAGGAGAAACUGCUGCUCAAAAGAAUUUACAGGGUAUGAAUUUGCAGGGAAAGAGGGUGCAGAAGAUAGUUGAAACUUUGGAUGCAGUUAAAAUAUCAAACGGAAGACUAAAGCAUGUGGUUGUGACAAAUAAAUGGGAGACCUUCAAUCCUAAUCCUCCAGCCACUACUUCUGUUGCUGCUAAUUCUACUACUGCCACAUGGGAAAUUUUUGAUUGAUUUUAUUUUUCUUAAUUAUAUGUAGUAAUUAAUUAAUAAAUUAUUAAUUGGGAUUAUACUACUGUAGCUUCUUCUGUUAGUUUGUGUCUUCUAUUAAUUAAUAAUAAUAAAAAAAUAGAUUUUUUGUUUU